AUGACAGUCCUCACCACUGUUUCGGAACAAGCAAUUUUACCACCAAAAGCAUUUCCACAUGUGAAGCGACCUUUUAUUUCCUCUCAUCGUGGCUCUAGAUUUAUUGCUCCUGAAAAUACUUUACAAGGCUUCAAGGCCAUGUUAGCAUUAGGUACUGGUGUGAUUGAAUUUGAUGUUCGUUUGACCAAGGAUCACCAAUUGGUUGUCUAUCAUGAUGAAGUUGUGAAUAGAACUACUGAUCACAAGGGACCUGUCUCUUCAUUUACUGUUUCGGAAUUAAAGAGUAUGAAAGCUGCCUAUAAUAUUAAGGAUAAAAAAGGAAGUUUUGCUUUUAGAAAUAAUGAGGAAAUCAAAAUUUCAACAUUGAAGGAAGUGUUUGAGGAAUUUUGGGGGAAAUAUCCAAAGAUAUUGACAUCAUCUGAUGUUAAUAUGAAUAUUGAAAUUAAGGAUAAUGAUAUGUUAGCAUCUGAAUUACUAAUUGAUCUUUUAUCAAAAUAUGAAAAAUCUAAUGAGCAUGUAUUGAUUGUUUCCAAUUAUUGCCCACCUUUGGAAAAUAUUCAAAACAAGUUACCACUUGUCCCAACAGGAACUUGUGAAAAAGAGGCUAUGAGCUUUGUCAUUUAUCAUAUUUUAAAUGAUUUAUUUUAUCCAUUUGUUGAAAUUGGUAAAUUAUUCAUGAAGGAUAGAUUGGAAAAUCAAUAUAGUGCUUUCCAAUUACCUACCUCUCACAUGGGAAUCAAUUUUUCGACUCCAUACUUUGUUCAAGAUGCUCAUGCGCUCAAUUCCAAAGAAAUUCACUAUUGGGUUGUCAACACAAAGCAAAGUAUGAAACAAUUAUUACUUCUUGGUGCUGAAUGUUUGAUUACUGACAGAACUGAUUUGGCUCUUGAAGUUUGGGAGGAAAUGAAACUUCCACUCACUAAUAAUUGGAUGGAGAAAUACCAAGAUUAUUUGCCUUAUGUAAUCAAACCUUCAGAAGAUUUCGAGGAAGUUCACACUUGUGUAGCUUUCAUUUGCCAAGUUAUUGGAUCAAUUAAGCCAAUAUUGAUAGUUGUGUUAGUGUUGGGUCUAUUCGUUUGUCUAAGAUUGAUGAGUUACAUUUUUGGAAUGAUGUGCCAAGGUAAAAACAGCAAACUUAAAGUUGAUUAA